AUGUACUUCGACAUAGAUGAAGACUUAGAGGGUAGCAUCGUUGUCCCGGAUGAUGAGGUACAGGUUGAUGCUCCAAGAUCUGGGAUGGAAUUCGAGAGUGUAAAAGAGCUUUUGGGGUACUAUAAGAAAUAUGCUAAGCAAGAGGGAUUCGGUGUAAGGACACAGAGGACGAAGAGAGAUGAUGAUGGUUGGCCUGUGUAUGUCACAGUUGGUUGUGCUCGUGGAGGAAAAUACCAACCGAAGCACAAUAAUAUAUCUAAGCCACGGCCAACGACUAAGACGGAUUGCAAGGCGAAGGUAAAUGCCACUUUGAAACAAAAUGAAAAAUGGCUUGUCACCACUGUUGAGAAUACACACAACCAUAUUACUGUGAGCCCCAAGAAGACUAGACUCUUAAGAUCACACAAGGUUCUAGAUGAAUAUAGUCAAAUAAUCCUUGAGCUAAAUGACAGAGCCGGUAUCCGAAUGAAUAAAAAUUAUUAUUUUCUGGUAGUUGAUGCGGGGGGGUUUGAAAACCUAGAAUUUCAAGAGAAAGAUUGUCGGAAUUUCAUUGAUAAGUCUAGACAUUUAAGGUUGGGAAAAGGAGGUGGCGAAGCACUCAGGGUUUAUUUCCAAAGAAUGAGACAGAAGAAUGAUGGUUUCGUUUAUGACAUCGACGUUGAUGAUGAGGGAAGGCUAAGAAAUGUUUUUUGGGCCGAUGCACAUUGUCGAGCAUCUUAUGAGUGUUUCGGGGACGUUGUGACAUUCGAUACAACGUACCUAACAAAUCGAUACGGAAUGUCUUUUGCUCCAUUUGUCGGUGUUAAUCAUCAUGGGCAAUCCAUAUUACUAGGGGCAGGCUUGUUGUCAAGUGAGGACACACACACCUUCAUUUGGUUGUUUAGAAUGUGGUUAGACUGCAUGAACGGUCGAGCGCCGAAAGCGAUCAUAACGGACCAAGAUCGGGCAAUGAAGAACGCAAUUGCCCUUGUAUUUCCGGGAACCAUGGCAUAUAAUGCGCAAACUUCCCGAGAAGUUAGGGUCUCAUUCCCAUUUCAGCACAUGGUUGAAAUCCUCCAUUCAGGCUGCUUUGUAUGA